GUGGCCCCUAGUGGUGAUAGUACUGAAUGGUCUAGCUAGCUUAUACCACUGGAGAGUUAGCAUUAUGACUUUGUAAGAUCUUACUGUACAGCAUCUACAGUGAGCUCCUGAUCAAUUAAAACACAGUUAUUGUGAAACAGCGCUGCACCCAGCGGAGACACACACCACAACCAUGUCAGGAGUUAAAAGGAAAAUUGAAGGCAAUGAUCCAGACUACGAGGACAUUUCCCUUGUCCAGAACAAUAAGAGAAACAAAACAGAUGAACAUAAUGCUCGGGAAGCAACCGUACUAAAGAUUGAGAACAUUAUCCGGGAACAGUUUUCCAUGGAGAUGAAAAACAAAGAACAUGAAAUUGAGGUGAUAAACCAGCGUCUUCAUGAAGCUAGGAGGAUGAUGGACAAGCUAAGAGCAUGCAUAGUGGCAAACUACUAUGCAAGUGCUGGUCUAUCUAAGAACCCUGAACAGACCACAAAGAGUGACUCCACCAUACUGAAUCAUCCAGCUAUCAAAAAGUUCUUAGAUUCACCGUCCAGGUCCUCAUCUCCUCUUAACCAAGACUCAGAGACUCCUUCUUUGGGCCAGUCUGAGUCAGAGUCCCUCUCUCAGCAAGGAGAUGGAGGUGAGAAGGAUGGAGAUGUUGCCUGGAGAGAUGAUAGCAACAGACAGGAGCGUAGACCUGGGCGAAACACUGGCAAGGAUACUUUUGGAGUGCCUUCUUGUAUUGGUGCUGAAUCAAGAGUGACCUUCCACACUACAGGAGAUGAGGCUUCUAGACUUUAUGUGAAAAAGACCAUUGUAGUAGGCAAUGUAUCAAAAUACAUUCCUCCAGAUAAGAGAGAGGAAAAUGACCAGUCAACACAUAAGUGGAUGGUGUAUGUCAGAGGCUCCAGAAGAGAACCUAGUAUUGACCAUUUUGUCAAGAAAGUGUGGUUUUUUCUUCAUCCUAGUUACAAGCCCAAUGACCUUGUGGAAGUCAGUGAACCUCCAUUUCAUUUGACACGUCGGGGCUGGGGUGAAUUUCCUGUGAGAAUUCAGAUUCACUUCAAAGACCCUCGUAACAAACGUAUUGACAUCAUACACCAGUUAAAGUUGGAUCGAACCUACACUGGUCUUCAGACUUUAGGAGCAGAAACUGUGGUUGAUGUGGAGCUUCAUAGAGACUCUCUUGGGGAGGACUUUAUCCCUCAACCUUCAUCAUCCAAAAUGGCUCCCAGGGCAUCAAGUCCUAUCACUGGGACAUCCCUGACCCCAACGCACGGACCGUCAAGUUCUCCCAUCUCACAUGAACCCAUUGGAGAGAAAGGCUUCAAUCUUGCUGCUGGAGAACGCACACCAACACGACCUAAAACCAGUGAGAGGGUCCCUCUGGGUUCCCAGUGUACCUCUGCCUUUCAACCAAUCACAACAAGCUGUAAAAUUGUCCCUCAAGGACAACCACCCAGCCCCGCAGAAUCCCCAGGAAAGUUAUUUCAGCCAAUUACAAUGAGUUGUAAGAUAGUUUCAGGUUCCCCAAUCUCUACUCCAAGCCACUCACCACUACCUCGCACAUCCACUGCAUCCACCCCUAUCCACAGUAAGCAGAGCUCCUCGUCCCUGCCCAAUAAUCCCUAUGCUAUUGUUGACAAACCAGGCCAGUUGGCUGGCAUUGCUUCAUCAUCUGCAGUCCUUACAGCCUCUACAGGAAGUCCUUCGUCCAAAUCAGUUACUCAGGGAACUCGAUCUCCUGGACCCAAAGUUCACACUGGCACCUUACUGUCAUCAGGAGUAAAGGUCAUCAUAAAGCAGGAGCCUGGGGAAGUCUCCAUGCAGCAGCAGCAGAUGGUCUCCACGGCAACCAGCCCACAGCAACAGUCCCCAGCUCCAGCAGCACACCAGCUCGUGGCUGUGAAAGGAGGUCACAUGAUAUCAAUGUCAGCGCAGAAACAGUCUGGAACGCCAACCACUGGCAAGAUGAUGGGCAUUCCUGUAAGCUCCACACUCCAGUCUGCAGUCAAACAGGUGGCUAUCAGCAGCGGACAGCUUCUGGUAACUAAAGGAGGCUCCCCAGCCUCCAAAGUGAUUGGUGGAAAACAGGUUUUGGCCCAAGGUGUUGCCAAGGCCAUUGUCAGUGGGUCAACAGGGCUCUCUGGUCAACAGGCUGGUGUCAAAGCAACUGGAAGUGGCAAAAGUGGAGUUAUGGCUACUCUUCAGUUACCUGCCAACAAUCUAGCAAAUCUGGCAAACCUUCCUCCAGGCACCAAGCUUUAUCUCACAACCAACAGCAAAAAUCCCUCAGGAAAAGGAAAGCUGCUUCUCAUCCCACAAGGAGCUAUUCUGCGUGCUUCCAGCGCAGGUCAGCAGUCUCAAAGCAGCUCAACCGCUGGCUCUGGGGGCACACAGAGUUCCUCUUCUUCUUCUACUAGUCUACCAUCCAACCUCUCCUACACGUCGUACAUCCUUAAACAGACCCCACAAGGCACAUUUCUGGUUGGACAGCCAUCACAGAGCUCAAAGCAGACUGGAAGCUCUGGUUCAGCUGGUCAUUCAGCUUCAUCUUCACCCAGUGGUUCUCCACAGGCCAUCCGGGUCACAGCUGGGCAGAAAGCUGCCAUUUUAGCUCAGGUGGUUGGUGGUUCUCAAGGCACUCAGGUGAAGCUUUCUGAUGGCUCUAUGAAGACAGUUUCAGCAGCAGCAGGUCAUUUGUCUAAACCAGGAACAACAACUUUGCGGAUGACCGGAGGCAUCAUCACAGCUGCCAGUACCACUCCCAGCUCCAGCACAGCAUCAGCAGUCAGUCAACAGCAGGCGUCUGACGGUGGAAAGGCUACGUCGCAUCAACACUCGCUCCUAAUGGCAGCAAACCAAGCAGCAGUAAUCAGUGCAGCUAAAAAUGCCAGCACUGCAGCCGGGGGGAGCUUAUCAAAAGCAGCAGUGACCACAUUGGUCAAAGGGAACGCUAACACUGGAGCUAAGAGUGCACCUGGUCCAGCCACUGUAGGAGCAGCCACUAAAGCCAUGACCAAUACUCCUGUUGGGAGCAAGAGCAGUGGGCCGGGGGCAGUGGUCAGUGUGCCCAAAAGCAACAGUGCGUCACUCAUCACUGCAGCUUCAUUACUGAGCGGACCGGCAGCAGGGCCAGGGAAAACCACUGCUACUCUCUCAGGGAUGUUGAAGAUUCAUGCUAGUGGUUCUGGCUCCCAACCAACGGUGCUGACUAUCCCAGCCAACCAGCUCAAGCAGCUCGGUGUAGGCUCAGGAUCAGGAGGACUUCAGACGUUACUCAUGCCUGUAGGCAAAGUACUAUAUAAAGGCCCAGUGUCCAGUUCUUCUCCCCCUUCCUCCUCUUCUUCAGCAGCGGGAGUCUCCCAAAGCCCUGGCAGCCAGGUGCCCCCCUCCCUUGCCCUGCCUCUGGCACAAGUAAAAACUGAACCUGGCUCAGGCUCUGCUGGUCCAUCAACACCUGUCACCUCUUCCUUACAAAUGUCCAUCACUGCACCUUCAACUGCUGUCAAACAAGAGCAAGGGCUUGAUACCCCACACAACCUCAUUGACACUGAGCACAUUGAGACCAUGAUGCAGCUUCUGACUGCAGUAGUGAAGAAGUUUCCUCUCAUUGUACCAAAUAAAAAUGAAGACUCCCAUCCAUUUUGUGCCUCCUCUACUGAACAGUAUUAUUCGUGGAAUAUUGGCAAGCGGCGGGCUUCAGAGCUUCAGCGAGCAGUGGCAGUGAAGCGGGUUGUGCAGGAUGUGUUGGACCGCUCUCCGCGCCUCCAGGCUUUGACUCCUCCCAAAACCAGAGAAGUGGUGCAGUGGUGCCGACAGAGGGGAUACACACCACCUGACCCCGAACCCCAGCGCAAGAAUGAUGAUGAGUCUAUAGAGGACAUCCUUACGCAGAUAGACAGUGAGCCAGAGUGCCCCUCUACGUUGAGUGGUUCAGAGGAGCUGCUGCAGCGAUUGGAGCAGAUGCAGGCGGUGCUGAAGACUGAGCCAGAGGAGGUGGAUGACGAGAUCGUGGACAUCAUCACUGUAACUCCGCCGUGCCACAAACUCAAGGUCAAAGAGGAGGAGCAAGAGACAGACUCAGAGCCCAAAUUCUUUCUGGGAUCAAGCGCAUCAGACCAGUUCGUCAGUGAAACAGCUCAGCAGAUUGGAUUGAGCUUCCAGCCAGUGGAGGUUGACAAAAAUGUGUUUGGUCCAGUAAUUGAAGCCAUGAUUUUGAAGGCGACAGAGCAGUUUGCUAGUGACAUCCUGAGAGAAGCUUUGGCAGUGGCCUGUGUCAAAUCCUCUCAAAACAGGUCUCCCAGAGAAAUCACUGCCAUGAACGUCCAUCAGGCCAUCAGCAGCAUUCCCACAUGCGACUUCCUCUCCAACAUGCAUAUGGGCUUUCUAAUGAAGAACAAUUAACACAAUUAAAAUCCUCACUGCAUUUUUUUUUUUUUUUUUCAAUUCUCCAGCACAAAUUCAAGUAUUAGAAAUAGGAGUAGUCCAUAUAUCGCUGUAAUGCUGUUUAUAAACACUGUAGUUUAAAGGGCUCACUUUGGACCAUACCUGCCACUGACCUUAUGGAUACUUUAAUAUGUAAGACUUUUCAUAUAGAAGCAAAGCAUAUUUUGAGAGGUGCUUUUGUUUACAUUUAUUACAGUAUUUAACAUCAGUCACUUUCAGACAAAAUCAUUGAGCUAUGGAGCUUAAAUUACUUAUAUGCAACAUAAUUACUAAUAUUGACCUCUUUCAAACCAGAAAUAUGCCAUUGUGUGUUGGGAAAACGUGAAUAAACUGACACAUUCUGAAAACCAAUCCUGCUGGACACAAAUGAAAUCAUUUAAACUUACAUCAAAAACAAGUACCUCAAUCGUGUGUUUUCUGAAUACAAAUAGAAUACCUUCUGACCCUUUUAUGAAAUACUGUUGUAGAGACUGUUGAAGUAACUGACAAGAGAAAUAUUUAUUUUAUUAAGAAGUCUGGACCAGUGGCCAGAUGAAAGUGCUUUUAAAUGUUCAAAUGACCUUAAUGUAUUUAUCAUGGGCGCACAGUGUUUGACCAAUUUGAUGUGGAAGGUGUUUUAUAUGUAUCUAUGGACUGCAGUGAUGCAACAGUAUGAAUCUGUGUGGAUGUUGUCACUGUGUCUUUAUCUUGGUGUGUGUAAUUGUAACUGAGUAUACUGGGUUAUGUGAUGUUAAUGUCUGAUUGUAAUGUGCCUGGAAUGAGCUUUGGUGAGAUCAUGUCUAUUGUGAAGAUGCCCAAAUGUUGUAAUUUCAUGUUUUAGUGCAAACCAAAAAUAACUAAUAUUCUUGUAAUAAAAGAAAAUA